CUCUGCCACAACCACCUGGGUCCAUUUUCACUGUCCACAAGAAAUGAUGGUUUACCAACAUCCAAAAUCCUGCCCUGAGCUGCUUUCACUCUCACACUUUCUGCUGCUAUCCACUCGGAGGAGCUGCUGCCUGUGACCCUGCGUGGAUUAAUACUCAAGUCGCCUUUUAAAACACGAUGAAAGUCACUUUUUGCUUCCUUUUGCCCUCGUGUUCCCUUCUACUAUUUAUUCUACAAGGUGUGUCCUGUUCAGACGGAGAGCACAAGCUUUUCUCUGUGAUCUUCUCUAGAUACAACCAGUACAUACGACCGGUGGAAAAUGUGUCUGACCCGGUCAUUGUACAGUUCGAGGUGUCCAUGUCACAGCUGGUUAAAGUGGACGAAAUCAAUCAAAUCAUGGAGACAAAUCUGUGGCUGAGACAUAUCUGGAAUGAUUACAAACUAAGAUGGAAUCCAAAAGAAUAUUCAGGUGUUGAGUUUAUCCGAGUCCCGUCCAACAGGAUAUGGAAGCCAGACAUUGUAUUGUACAACAAUGCAGUGGGAGAUUUUCAGGUGGAUGACAAAACAAAAGCCCUGCUACGUUACAAUGGCGAUGUCACCUGGAUCCCUCCAGCCAUAUUUAAGAGCUCCUGCAAGAUUGAUGUCACCUACUUCCCCUUUGACUACCAAAACUGCACCAUGAAGUUUGGCUCCUGGACGUAUGACAAGGCCAAGAUUGAUCUGGUGCUAAUUGGCUCCACUAUCAACCUCAAAGACUUCUGGGAAAGUGGGGAGUGGACAAUCAUCGAUGCCCCGGGUUACAAACAUGACAUUAAGUACAACUGCUGUGAGGAAAUCUACACAGACAUCACCUACUCUUUGUACAUUCGCCGUCUGCCGCUGUUUUACACCAUUAACAUGAUCAUCCCCUGCCUCCUCAUCUCCUUCCUCACUGUGCUUGUUUUCUAUCUUCCAUCUGAUUGUGGUGAGAAAGUCACACUCUGUAUUUCGGUCCUGCUGUCUUUGACGGUUUUCCUUCUUGUCAUAACUGAAACAAUCCCCUCCACCUCGCUCGUCAUUCCCCUGAUAGGCGAGUAUCUCCUCUUCACCAUGAUCUUUGUCACACUCUCUAUUGUCAUCACUGUUUUUGUUUUGAACGUGCACUACCGCACACCAAAGACCCACACGAUGCCUUGCUGGGUGCGGACAGUUUUCCUUGGACUGCUGCCCAAAGUGAUGUUCAUGACCAGGCCAGAGAGGGACCCUGAGGGGAUGGCAAUGUCUGACAGUGUUCAGACGGUGCAUUCAAGGCCCUGUGCCAUCCAUUCCUCUGCUACCUUGCAGAAGCAGCACAAACCUCAGGCUCUUGCCUCUAGCGUUGUUUCCAGCCUGACGAACCGGCAUCGGCCAUUUAACAACACUGAGCUCUCCAAUCUCAAUAACUUAAGUGGAGACCCGGCCAAAAGUGCAGGCUCUGCAUUCCUGUGUCGUGAGGGCCGCUGCAACUGCUGCUGGCACCAAAGAUCCAGCAAAUUGCCUGCAGACUCCGGGGGAGGAAGUGGAGGGCUGGGCAGCCUGGGUGUGCUAACCGGAGGGGGCAGUGCUGGAGGAGUUGGAGGAGGGAGUCAGUGCUCCAGCUCUGAGUCUUUGGAUGUAGGAAUAAUGUCGCUUUUACCACUCUCACCUGAGGUCAGGGAGGCCAUUGAGAGUGUCAAAUACAUCGCAGAGAACAUGAGGCUGCAGAAUGAAGCAAAGGAGGUUAAGGAUGACUGGAAGUACGUUGCUAUGGUUAUUGACAGGAUCUUCCUCUGGGUUUUUGUCCUCGUGUGCAUCUUGGGAACAGCUGGCCUCUUCCUGCAGCCUCUCUUGCUUGCAGACGACAUUGAAUCAGUUUGACUAAACUAAUCCUCCAGACUGUUGAACUAGACGGCUUUUGUUCCAUGUAAAACUCUCAACCUGACUCAGAGAAAGAGAAAACAAAGAGUGGAUCCAAAGUCAAGCAGUAAAAAUGACUGUGUCCGCCAAAUGUUGAUAAAAAAAAGCAUAGCUAAUCCUUUUGGUUUCAUUUUCACAUUGUUAAGCGUCAGGACUGGUACGCCUUAUCGGUGAGUAAACUGGCAGUGCUGAUGUUUCAAAUGAGAACUAAUGUAAACUUAUGUUGGGUCAUUUUGAGUUGUGUUUUGUGCUUUUAUUGUAGGUUUACAACCUAAAAAAGAGUCCAAAUAACUUCGAACCAUCAAGUGUCGGUAGGCAAGUGGGCGUUUGUUGUGUAUGCGUGUGCAAUAAACAGAAAAAUAAGGAGA